ACAACAACAAAAACAACAAACAACGAUAACUUACAGAAGCUUAUUCUUAAAAAAUGAAUAUAAACUUGUUCCAAAGAGGCACACUUUUAUCCGUUGGUUUCAUAUUGUGUAUGAUUAAUCCCAAACAUGCGCUUUUUGAAUGGUUAUUUGAUGAAAAACCGCAGGAAAAUGCAGAUAAUGCAUUAGCUAAGCGAUCGACGUUUGAAAUCCUGACAAUAGACGACAAGUUUCUGCAAUUGAAAAACUACAUUGAAGAUCUAUCUGAGCUGGAGUCAUGUAAUCAUAUUGUUGUUUUUCAACUAAAAAAGCGUUGUGGCGAGUUAGCGGAAGAGGAGAUGGGAAAGCUGGCAGUGCAGCUGUUGAACUGUCAGUCUGCGGUAGAGAAAAGGCCUACAUAUCCCUGUACAACUCACAUGGAACUAGCAGAGUGCACUAAGGACAUGGAUGCAACCACGUGGAACUCGUACCAGAUUGUCAACAACCGGGCGCGGGCCCUCUGCUACUCCACCCAGCAGCAGCAGUUCCGCAGACUGGCAGAGGUUACAGUCAACCAACUCAUGGCCACCGCUAGCGGCCAGCUGGAGUAUCUCAAACAACUCCAGGAGGGGCAGGAGCACCUCCAUCAGAUGACGUCCCAGACGGUGAGGGACCUGUUUGAGAGUCAGAAGGACCUGCUUAGCAAUCAGCAGUCGCUACGGAGCGCUCAGGACAGCGUCCUCUCCCAGAUCCAUGGCAACAUGAUGGAGCUCAAGCAGGAGAAGUCCAUGAUUGCCGCGGGCAACAAGAAGCUUGCUGAGCUCACGGAGAACAUCAGGUCUAAAUUGGUGGUGGAUCUUCAGGGGAAACUGCUGUCUUUCAUUGUGAACAUGGACGAGGCAACCCGUCAGCUGGUGAAGCAGGAGAGCACCCAGCUAGAGAGUCACCAGAAGAUAGUGGACGACCUCACACACAUACAGCAGAAGUCUCAUGACGCCCUCAAUAAGCUUGACCAGAGUUCUGAGAGCCUACUCCACAACCAUGCAGAGAUGACCGGCCAUUAUGAGCGCAUGUAUGAGAACAUGGUGCGCAUCAACAGCACAGUGUCCAGCCUCCUAGCCACCGUCAACAUGAUGCAACGACACCUUGAUGACAGGAUCACCUGGUUCUCUACCAUUCUACAUAUGGCAGAUGACAAGCUGUCAAUCCUUACAUGUGGCGUUCUUCAUGUGAGCUACUUCCUGUUUGCUGCUUUGGCAGCCUCAUUCCUUCAGUCGCCCCCGGCAACCAGACUGGUUCUGUUUGUGCUGGUUUCUGUGAAUGCAACCAUGGAGAUACAGACAGGACACAGUCUAGACUUUGCCUCAAUCACAAUGUUCCUGUUUGUUGUGUCUGCAGUGAAUUGGCUGUAUAUAUGGUGGUGUAGACGUAAGCAGGCAUCCGGACCCUCUGAGCGGCCAUUUUUCCUUGGUGGUUCCCUGCCAGGCCCUGCAGGUGAUGCAGGAGCUCAAACUGACGAGGGUUACCAGUCACCUGACACAACGACUGCAGGACCCACUGGUCCCACAGUGGAUCUGCCUCUGUCCCCCGUAGAGAUCCAGCAGCUGGCAACCAACCUUCAUAGACUGUAUAGUUCAUUGAAUGAUUCAGCAAAUAGUCCAAAGGGAGACCACUCUCCGGGCGCUGGUUGGGGCAACAACUCUGCAAGACGCGACAACUCAAGGCAGGACAACUCUGCAAGGCUGGACAACUCUGCAAGGCUGGACAAGCCUUCUACAAGUGCCUUCACUCCAUACCAGAGACCUGAGCAAGUGAGAGCAGACUCAUCAACAGUGCGUGAAGACCUGGCCAAGGUGCGUCGCUACCUGGAGAAUCUGGACGAAAACUCCUCCAUCAGCGACUUUGACUCCUCCGAGACUAGGAACAUGGGCACCUCACGGUACAGGCACUCCACGCCUCAACGAGCACCAUCAAGGGGUUCCACGUCCACUAAUCGUUCCCUGUGUCAAGGGUACACCAAGACUGGUGUGCCAUGUCGUUUGGGCUGUGCCAGCGGGUCAGAGUUCUGUCACAGACACAAGGGUCAGGGCCCAGCAUCAUGAAAAUUUGCUGGGGUCAAGGCGGGACGUCAUGACAACCUGCUAGGGUUGCCAUAAGGACCUGAAGAAUGAGCUAUUCAAAGGAGACCAAUGUUAGGCAAUCUCAGUCUUUUUGUGCUUCCAAAAUUUUACCUCAUGAGUAUCAAGUCAUCGAAAGUCAUUGAUGGUUUCAAUGUAAGCAGUUUUUAAAGAGUAUAAUAUAUAAUGACCUAAAUAUGCAUUAAUAGUUCUCAAGAGUUUUUGCAAUAUUAAAUAAGUUUCCAUUGGUAAUUUACCCUUAAGCUCCCUUUGUUUAUCAUUAUCAUUUAUGUUUAUCUUAUUCUCUAAGUCUGUAUUUGUAUAGUUGGAAAUGUUAUGUCAUCAUGAACAAUGUUUCCAGAAAUUGUAUAGAAUCCUAAGAACAUUGUUUUGUCCUAGUUCCAGACGUUUUAAAGAAUCCUAAAAACACUGUUUAGUUCUAGUUCCAAACAUUUUAUAGAAUCCUAAGAACAUUGUUUUGUUCUAGUUCUGGACAGUUUUUAGAAUCCCGAGAACAUUGUUUUUGUCCUAGUUUCAGACAUUGUAAAGAAUCCUAAGAACAUUGUUUAGUUCUAGUUCCGGACAUUGUAUAGAAAACUAAGAACAUUGUUUUGUUCUAGUUCCGGAUAUUGUAUAGAAUCAAAGGAACAUUGUUCUGUUCUUGUUCCGGACAUUGAAGAGAAUCAUGGGAACAAUGUUCUGUUUUAGUUACAGAUUUUGUAUUGAAUAUUGUUAUGCAUGUUAAUGCUGGGAGGCAUAUGGCAUUUGGCCUUUUCAUUUCUUUGUAUUUUCAUUCCUUCUUUUGUUUAUUUUUCCAUUCACUGUCCUCACUUUGACAUUGAUAUUUACCUGAUUUUUAGAGCCUUCUUCAGAUGAUUCUUGUUCUUGGUCAAACCAAAUGACAUGGUUCAUCUAUCAUCAAUAUCACUUGCUACAAAGCUUUGAUACUUCAUGGAUGGUAUAAUAUCUAUGAGCACUCUCAACUCACCCACAUCACUUGACCUCAUUUUAAUCUGUCAUGCACCAAUGUUUUUAAGGAAUUCGCAAUGCUUGGUUAAGCCAAUUUGAUGUGUUUCUCUAACAGAAAUACUGAUAUCUACAAAUCUUUGAUACUUGAAUGGAUGAUGCAUUUGAUCCCUUUUAUCAUAACAACAUCACCAGGCUUCAUUUUGACUUUGACAAUCACCUUCUUUUGGACUGUGACUUAUUCAGAAGAUCCAAAUUCUUUGUUAACCCCAAAUGACAUGUUUCUUGGAACAUUAAUUUCUUUUGCUACAAAGUUUUGUCACUUUCCAGGAAAGAUGUAAAUACUCACAAUAUAACCACAUCAGCUUACCACAUUUUGACAUUGAAAAGUACUUUCACUAUCAGUUGACAAUCAUGUUUGACACAGGCAAAGGAUUUUUUUGCAAUAAGAAAGUUGUAUCAUUAUUAAUAAUGUGCUAGCAAAUUUUUUUUUUGAAUACAUCGUUAUGUGUGUGUGUGCGUGUGUGUUAUGUUGGUAAUGCUUGCUUUGUGUGUAAAAUAUGCCUCAGGAAGAGUCCAGUUUUCUGCUGCCAUUGUUAAAAAUGCUCACUAUUGUUUCAUAUUAAUGUUUGCAUGGUUACUGUUGACUUGCCACUGUCUUUUAUAACUAUGUCAUUAGGGAGCCUUUUGAUUGUUAUGCCCCCGGAUCGAAAGAUCGGGGGUAUAUUGUUUUUGGCCUGUCUGUUUGUCAUUCAUUCAUUGUGUGUGUCCCAAAACUUUAACCUUGGUUAAAGUUUUGCAAUAACUUUUGCAUUAUUGAAGAUAGCAACUUGAUAUUUGGCAUGCAUGUGUAUCUCAUGGAGCUGCACAGUUUGAGUGGUGAAAGGUCAAGGUCAUCCUUCAAGGUCAAAAGUAAAAAAAUACAAUCCAAGGGAAUAAAUAAGCUUUAAAAGGGAGAUUAUUUAUAAACCUGCCAAAUGAUAUAUUGAAAUUUUAUUUCAAAGCGGCGCAAUAGGGGGCAUUGUGUUUCUGACAAACACAUUUCUUGUUAUGCCUCCGGAAUGAAAAAUCGGGGGUAUAUUUUUUUUGGCCUGUCUGUCUGUCAUUCAUUCAUUGUGUGUGUCCCAAAACUUUAACCUUGGUAAAAGUUUUGCAAUAACUUUUGCAUUAUUGAAAAUAGCAACUUGAUAUUUGGCAUGCAUGUGUAUCUCAUGGAGCUGCACAUUUUUAGUGGUGAAAGGUCAAGGUCAUCCUUCAAGGUCAAACGUCAAAAAAUAAAAGCCAAGGGAAGUAAUAAGCUUUAAAAGGGAGAUAAUUUCUAAACCUGCCAAAUGAUAUAUUGAAAUUUUAUUUCAAAGCGGCACAAUAGGGGGCAUUGUGUUUCUGACAAACACAUCUCUUGUUCAGUAAUGUUUUAAUGUUACAACGAUUUAAUAUACUUUAUAUGUUAUGUUUAAAUAAAUAGUAUUGAUAUAUUAUUUUGGGGCAUGAAGAAGCUGUUACAUGAUUUUAUGACUUUGAUCUCAAAUGAAUGCCAAUAACUUGAUAUGAUAUGAUGUGAGGAGAUAUGUUGGAUAAUUUCAAAAAAAGGUUAAGUCAAAGGAGGGAACAUGAUGAUAGAUUGUAUCAGUCUUGUACAUGAUUUGUGGAAGAUAAUUAUAUCAUUACUUAAUAGUUUUAAUACUAAUUAGAUAGUUUACACAUGCCAAUCUUUGUUAAUUUGGUCAUGUAUAUAUUAUGUGGAAAAAUAUAUAACUUAAUCCAAGGCAUACAAUUAGGUUUUUAUUUAUACAAAAAGUACACAUUCAAAUAUAAGUGGUGAUCGUGACAAAAGAUGACAAUUCACAAUUUAAAAAUCAGUGACAUGUGAACACUUGCAACAUGAACAAUUCACAGUGCAAAAAUCAGUGGCAUGUUCACAUUAGCAAUGUUAGAUAUUCAUAAUGCAAAAAGGUGACAUGUGCACACAAGCAACAUUGACAAUGCACAAUGAAUUCUAAAAUUAAGGAUAAGUUCACACUAACAACAUAAACAAUUCACAAUGCAAAAUCAGUGACAAGUUCACACUUGAAACAUUAACAAUUCACAAUUCAAAAAUCUGUGACACUAGCAACAUUAAAGGGUCUUGUUAAUUUUUUUUUGAAAUCACAGUAUUUAACACUUUUUGUCAUAGAUUCAAUAAGAACAACACUGUACAUCAGGGAGCGGUUUCCUUCAUGAGUAAUCAUUUUAAUCUGAUAAAAUACUAAAGCAUUAAAUUGUUUUCGUCAAAUUUUAUUACACUCAUGGAUAAGUUAUUUGAAGUGUAAAAUAUAUAAUAGUUGGGUUGCCAGGAUGUUUAGGCGUUAGCUUUUUAGCUCACCUGAUUGCUCAGGUGAGCUUUUGUGACCGGUCUUUGUCCGUUGUAUGUCCGUCCGCCCGUUAACAUUUGCUCGUAAACACUCUAGAGGCCACAUUUCUUGUCCCAUCUUCAUGAAACUUGGUUAGAAGCUUUGUCCCAAUGAACUCUCGGCCGAGUUCGAAACUGGGUU